UCCCGAGCAUCGCGAUGUUCCUGCACCUUCUGUCCUGCGUGAUCAUGAGUCUCAUCCCAGCGGCUUCCACGCUGGCGCCCACCGAGCCGCCCCUGAUUCCCAAACACCCCUUUGUCACCGUGUGGAACGCCCGCACUGAGCGGUGCCAGCAUCUGGACAUCCCAUUGGACACCGCGGCCUUCCAGGCGGUGACCACGCCGGCCUCAGUUCCGGGCCAGUUCCUGACCAUCUUCUAUGAGGACCGGCUGGGCCUCUACCCCAAGAUCGACCCCGCCAGCCGGACGCGGCGUGAGGGCGGCGUCCCUCAAAAUGGCAACCUGACAGCACACCUGCUCAAGGCCAGGCGUCAAAUUGACCAUUACAUAGCCGAGGACGAAUCCCCCGGCCUCGCCGUCAUAGACUGGGAGUCCUGGCGCCCCCUGUGGGCCCAGAACUGGGGGUCCAAGCGGAUCUACCAAAAGCUGUCCAUGGCCAACGCCUUGCAAGCCUCCCCGUUCUUGUCCCUGAACGAGAUCUCCCAGCUGGCUGUGGAUCAGUUCCAGAGGGCUGGGCGGAGCUUCAUGGAGAGAACCAUUCAGCUCGGAGUGAGGGAGCGUCCGAGCCGCCGUUGGGGGUUCUACUUGUUCCCCUACUGCUACAACUACAACUGGGACAGGCCAGGCUACACGGGCCGGUGCUCGGCCAAGGCCCGCAAGCAGAAUCAGGAGCUGACGUGGCUCUGGGAGCACAGUACCGCCCUCUUCCCAUCCGUCUACCUGCACCCCGCCCUGAGGGACUCCCCCCAGGCGGCGCUCUAUGCGUGGUACCGCGUCCGCGAGGCCCUGAGGGUAGCUGCGCUGUCCAAACGGCAGUACGCCAUGCCCAUCUACGUCUACUCCAGACCCCUGUAUCGUGGGCAGAGCAGGAUUUUUGAGACCACGGCGGAUCUGGUGAGCACAGUGGGCGAGUCGGCUGCCCUGGGGGCCGCCGGCGUGGUCAUGUGGGGCGGGAGCGGAGACUACAAGGACAAGGCCUCCUGCCAGUCACUGUCCGACUACCUGACAUCCACGCUCAACCCGUAUCUCGCCAACGUGACGGCGGCGGCCACGAUGUGCAGCGACGCGCUCUGCCAGAACCGCGGCCGCUGCGUUCGCAAGCGCUGGGACGACGACGUCUACCUCCACCUGGACCCGCGCCGCCACCGCAUCCAACGCCGCCGCCGCGGCGGCCCGCUCGCGGUGAUCGGCGGCGGCCUGUCCCAGGACGACGUGGACUGGUUCGACCGCCACUUUGACUGCAUGUGCUACGACGAGCGGCCGUGCCGCUCAACCAAGGACGUGAAUGCUGUCCAGGACAACCGCUACGCCAAGAUGAGCUCGAGCGGGCGUCGCCUGUCCGCGGGGCCGCACCUGCUCCUGAUGACCGCCGCUACGGGUCUCCUCCGAAACGCGGAGCGCUAGCGAUGAGGCCACCGUUGCCGUUUUUUUUUUUUUCCUGUGCCGCUCUGCCUUGCAUAUUCACCUCAUCUUGCAUCUCAAGCUGUUGACAUGGACGCUUUCCUCCAUCUUGCCACUCACAUCUUAACUUGUGCCAACGGUUGUCCGGUAGUGCCACUAUUUAAUAA